AUGUUCGGCUUGAAGAAUUUUGAUCCCCCUGAUCCAGAUCGUCAUAGGUUGUAUGAGGAAGAGCUUGAUGUUGAGCCUGGUGCAGUUCGAAGAGGCAGGAAAGUUGUUUACAAGGAUUACUCUCCUUACUUUGGGGACAAACCUCCACGUCUAAAGGAGAAAAUAAAGAAUAAGAUCAUUCGGAAUUUAGCUGAGAAUGAAAAUGUUGAUCCAAACAUAAUCAAUUUGGAACUAGAAGCAUAUGAUAAAGUGUUUGUUGAUGGGAAGAAAUUGGAAGAGAAGGAGAAGAUUCAAAACCAGGAGAAUGCUAAAACAAUCGUUGAAUCGGUGGAGGAAAAAGGAUUUGUGACGCUUUCAUUUACAUCGGAUAUGCUUGAAGGCUUUAAUUCAUCUAUUGAUAAGGUUAGUAGUUCUCUAAUCUCGGCAUCUUCUCCUGGGGAAGACGUGAAUCCUAUUAAGGGUAUUUUGGGUAAAGAUCCUGUUGCUAAUCAAACAAUUCCUAAUGCGAUCCCUGAUAAUGUUAAAAUGGUGAACCAAUCUAAUAAAAUUAAUGAUGAGAUCAUGAAGGAGAAUUUGAAUGAAGAUGAGAAAGUGAGUAAUGAUAUUGGAGUUGAUUUGAAGAACAAUCACGUAGGCAGUUUCCUAGAUCUCAAAUGGGAUGCAGAACUGAUGAACAUGGACAUUUUUUCUAUGCCGAAAAUAUCUACAGCGGCAAAAAUGGUUAGUGUUUUCAAUAAUAAGUGUUAUGCUAGAAUGGUUGAAUCUUCAAGCACUGUGUUUGAUUUGAAUAUUAAGGUGAUUCCUAAGGGUGAAGGAAAGCAAAUUGGCAAAGUUAAACUUCCUUAUGCGGAUUUAAUGUUUGGAGGAGCUCCUUAUCAUGUUACUCGUUAUGGUUUUUUUGUGGGAAAAAAGCUUGCAUUCCCAACUGUGAAUUAUUUAUAUUUCAAGAUGUGGAAAGUAUUUGGAUUGAAGGAUGUUAUGGUUAAUGAUGAAGGCUUCUUUUUCUGUAAGUUUGAUUCUAAAUAA